CCUGACUGAACUGUAUCAUUCAUUCGGUUCACUUCUAUUCGAUCGGUCUUGCAAGUUUAUAAUCUACGGUCAAAAUGGCGUUUAAGAUGAUUGCCCUGUUUGCCACUCUGGCUUGUGCCAGCGCUGGUUACAUCGAAGCUGAUCAUGCCCCAAUGGCUCAUUAUUCGUCCGCUCCUGCCGUGAGCUACAGCUCGGUCACCCAUCAUUCUUCUCCAAAGCUGGCUGUGGCCAAGACCGUGGCCUACGCCGAGCCGGCAGUUCACUAUGCUGAACCAGCCGUACACUAUGCUGCCCCAUUGGCCGUGCACCAACCAACCGUUCAUCACCAGACCUUGGUGGCUCAGCCAGCUUACACCAAAACCAUCGUCCAGCAGCCAUCGUACACUUACUCCCAUGCUGCACCACUCUCCUACAGCGCCCCACUGGUUAAGAACGUUGAGUACAGCAAGACGCUGGCUUAUGCUCCACUUGCCAAGACCGUCGUAGCCCAGCCAGCCUACACCAAGACCAUUGUGUCCCAGCCAGCCUACACCAAGGUUUAUGCUGCCCAGCCAACUUACACCAAGACCCUGGUCGCUCAACCAACCUAUGCCAAAACCCUGGUCUCGGAGCCAAUCUAUGCCCAUGCUGCCCCAGCUAGCCAUCUUUCCCACGUCAGCUACGCCGACAAUAGCGCUCACUAUGCUUGGUAAACUAUUUGAGGACGUGACAGUGUUCAGAGAGAGAGAGAGAAAGGAUAAUGUGAUCACAAAAAGCGGUAAUGUCCACAGCCGAUGUCGAAUAUGUUGUACAGUUUUGUUAAAUAUAUUUGUUGAAAAUUA